AUGGCACAAUCAGAUGAGGAGUACGUGAUACUGCUGGCUCGGAAGUAUAAGAACACAGACUUCCACGCUUGGAAAUCGAUGCUGAAGACAGCGCUUGAAGCCUACCACUUUGAGAAGCAGCAGCGAAAUGCCAAAGAUGCAGCAGCAUAUCUAGAAAAGCUCUUCAAUGAUUUCAACAGUGAAUCAGCUCUAUGGACUGAACUGAAUGGGAUGAUAGAUGCAUUGCAAGAGAGGGAGGAAGAGAAUUCUGGAAAGGUGGAGCCACAUGAAGGGAACAUUGAAGAGGGGCAAGCGUCUUUCCUCCGUGAAAUUUUUCAGAGUCUACCUGAAGAAAUUCAAGAGCAGAUUAUUACUGUGUCAGCAAGCAAGACUCAAGAACCAAUGCAGCACUGUCAGAUGAAGUUGGUGCUCAUCCAGAAGUUUCCAAAUGCCAUUGGAAGGCAUGCAUGUGCACUGAUAGAUGAACUGACUACCUCAGAGAAGAAGCAAUAUGCUGGAACAGUCCUCAAUAUAUACAGAAAAAUCACAGUUUGUGAUGUUUUACCCCUUGUGGCAAAAUCACCUCACUUUGCACUGCCCAAGAGUGAAUCUAUGAAGCUUUUGAGGCAUGCCAUUGAAUUUUACGUUGUCUACAUGAGUUCUCCUCAGCCUCUCAUCCUUGGAGCAGGCAAAGAUUGUAGCAUUGGAGAACCUUUGAAAGAACUUGUCAACAUCUUUGAGGCAAUGGGAAAGGUCUGCAAGAAAGAUCUAAGGAAAAUAUCUGGCAGGAACAAGGAGGAUCUUUGGGUUCUACUGAAAACUCAAAGGGAGAAGCAGUCUGGCAAAGGAGGCUCCAUUGAGCUAGCCUACUGUUUAUUAAUGCUACUUAUCAUCUGUCUUCUAGAGUACAACCAAGUCAUUGAGUCAUCUCCAGAUGGACGCCUGGUGCUGGUGGAAGCCUUUCCCAAGGGGACUGGAUCUGAGAAGAAGAAAGGGAAAAAAUUGGACAUGAGUUCUCCAUUCAUCUCAGUCAGGCAUUCAGACAAAGCUCAAGUCUCAGCACUCAAGCAGAGUUUCACAAUUGCUCUGCAAUGCUAUCAAACUCUGAUGAAUGAGCCACAUUUGGAGAGAGAAUACCAUCGGAUAUGGAGAGACAUUCAUGGAGAUUCAUGGCCGUUCUUCCAGUCCUUUAUCUCUGAUUACUACCUCCAUAUUGGGGAUUUUCAAGGGGCCACUUCACAUUUAGCCAGCUUGAAGUCCAAAAAGCAUUUUCACAUUGAUCUCCAACUUGCUUCUUGCUACUGUGCUCUUGGAGAUGUUCUGGAGGCAUAUAAGACACUGAUGGCCCUCUUGAAGGUACUCAUAGGUAUACCUUCCCAGCCUUACAGUCAUGAUCCUGACCUUGAGCAUGGAUUAAGCUCCCACGUUCGACAUGUCCGCUUUGUUCCAUGUAACAGGCCUGUGAUCUUACACUACACCUGCACCAUGCUCAUAUAUACCUUGAAAGAGCGAGCUCUUCAGACUGGAAUUGAAGAUGAUCUGUUAGUUGGGCAUUUGAUGGUCUUGCUGCAGUAUGAUUGGCCUGAACAUGAAGAGUACUUCACAAAGGCCUUGAGAAAAGUCCAAGGCCAACGUCAGUUCUCCUACCCACUUUUCCUCAAGUACAUAUAUGAACCUGACAUUCUUGCAGACUUUGAUCAUUUAGUGAAUGAUCCAGAUAGCCGUGUCCAAAUUGACUUCAACAUAGCUUCCAAUGUCAGGCAAGUUUUCAGUUACUUUUAA